AUGCAUGCAAAACAUCCAUCUUUUCUUUCCCUCUUCCUCGGCUCGACCAUCCUGGCUGGCCUAAAUCAAAAUUUUGGCUCAGCGUCAGCAGUUCCGCGGGCUGAUACCUCUGGUCGCAACAGAACUAGACUGCACGAAGGAUGGAAAUUUCAAUUAUGGCCCAAGGCGCCAGAUGGAAUCACUUAUGACUUGCGCCCAGACAACACGGGACAAGAUUUGGAAGUUCUGAAGCCUUGGAUCCUGCCGUCAGCAAAUGCUUUCAUCCCGAACGAGACUGAUCACUACUCUCAGCCGGUAGGCCAACCCGAGACUGUGAUUCCAUAUGUCUCUCCAUCAUUCAACGACUCAAGCUGGAGCGACGUUGAGGUGCCCCAUGACUGGGCAAUAACUGAAGCCUUUGUUUCUCGCUCAAUCACCUCUGGUGACAUGGGCCGCCUUCAGGUCCAGGGAGUUGGCUGGUAUCGUCGCCCGCUUGAAAUCUCCACAUCUGACCGGGGAAAACAUAUUUAUCUCGAAGUUGAUGGCGCAAUGUCCUACGCUAUGGUGUGGCUGAAUGGCCAGCUGGUAGGAGGAUGGCCGUACGGCUACAACUCGUUUCGAAUGGACCUCACGCCUUACAUCGAUUUCAGUGGGGACACCAACAAUUUGGCUAUUCGUGUCGAGAACCCGCAAGAUGAUUCUUUUUCAAGAUGGUAUCCCGGGGCUGGUAUCUACCGCAAUGUAUGGCUUGAGAAGGUCAACAGUGCUGUUCAUGUAGCCCAGUACGGUACAACCUUUGUUUCUAGCGAGGUUUCUUCGAAGUCUGCGACAUUAGACUUGUCAGUACGGAUAUCAAAUAAGGCUUCAAACGAAACGUCCAACAUAACAGUCAUCACCGAAGUCCACAAUUUCGACUCACCGAGUGGAAGUGUUGGGAGGAUGGUCGCUACAUUUCCAGCAAGGUCCCAAAGUAUCUCGCCUGGUGCAACAGUCCAAGUGAACAGCACUAUAACUAUUUCAAAGCCCUAUCUCUGGGGUCCACCACCCCUACAGCACCCGAAUAUGUAUAUGGCGUAUACACGCCUGUAUAAUGACGGUGACUUGCUGGAUACAUACACUAGCACGUUUGGCAUUCGCACCAUUGAUUUCGACCCUAACAACGGCUUGCAUGUCAAUGGUCAGAAGGUUUUUAUCCAAGGUGUGAACCAACAUCAUGAUCUUGGCGCUCUUGGCACUGCCUUCAAUGUUAGAGCUGCCACUCGCCAGCUCCAAAUUUUACAAGAGCUCGGCGUGAACACAAUUCGUCUCUCUCAUAAUCCGCCAGCACCAGAACUCCUGAAGCUCACAGAUGAGCUGGGAUGUCUCGUUCUCGAUGAGAUAUUUGACAAUUGGGCCGAGGGAAAGCGUGACUCGGACUUUAGUCUGAUAUGGCAAGAUUGGCACGAGGCUGACUUGCGAGCGUUUGUUCGACGUGAUCGAAACCAUCCUUCAAUCUUCUUGUGGAGUUUUGGUAAUGAAGUCCUUGAAGCAAGUGACGACAAAGAACUGGCCGGCCAGAUCGCUGCGAAUCUGACCAAUAUUGUGACCAUGGAGGAUCCAAGUCGUCCCUCGACUGCAUCCAUCUUUCGAUCUGUGCCGGGUGAAGCGUUUCCCAAUGCGUUGAAGGUUCUAGGAAUCAAUUACCUCGGGGAAGGAGCUCGCUAUGGUGAAGCAUACGUCAACCUCACAGGCUACAGAACCGAUCCUCUAUACGAACCAUUCCACAAUGAGUAUCCAGAAAGAAUGAUAUUUGGCUCUGAGGUCGCCGCCUCCGCAAGCAGCCGGGGUACUUUUACUUUUCCCGUCACCCAGUACGACAGCUGUCCGAUAGAUGAUAGCCAUGGUGGAAAUUCCACUACGAGCACCAUCAGUGGCUACGAAAUCUACACUGCCGAUUCUGGAUCCUCUCCGGAUCGAGUGUUCAAGACACAAGACGAAUAUCCAUUCGUUGCUGGUGGCAUCGUCUGGAGCGGUUUUGAUUACCUUGGUGAGCCAGUACCAUAUCGUACUUCAGCCCGCAGCUCUUACUAUGGUAUCAUUGAUCUGGCUGGAUUCAAGAAGGAAAGAUUCUUCCUAUAUCAAUCACGAUGGCGCCCCGAUCUACCAAUGGCACAUAUUGUCCCACAUUGGAAUUGGCCAGAGCGUGACGGCCAGGUAACCCCGGUGCAUGUGUUUACGUCAGGCGAUGAAGCAGAACUAUUCAUAAAUGGCAAAUCGCAAGGCCGGAAAAAGAGGGGAGCUUUCGAGUAUCGUUUCCGCUGGGAUGAUACGAUCUACACCGCAGGCAAUGUCAGUGUGAUAACCUAUAAAAAUGGGACAAGGUGGGCAGAGGAUAUCAAGAAAACAACUGGAAAGCCUGCUGCUUUACAGCUUACGGCAGACCGAGCCACGAUUAUCGCUGAUGGGGAAGACUUGUCUUUUGUCACAGUAACUGUCCUCGACAGUAACGGCGACACCGUACCAGAAGCUGCGAACAAGAUUACAUUUUCUGUAGAGGGACAGGGAAGGAUUGUAGCAACAGACAACGGCUUGCCGACAGAUAUGACUCGUUUCACUUCCUUGUCUCGAAACACAUUCAGCGGGUUGGCGCUUGCAGUCGUCGAGGGAUUAUCGGGGCUGCCUGGCAAGAUCGUCCUUACGGCCAAGGCUGAUGGGCUAACAUCGGCGAAUAUCACGAUUACAACUACAUAG